UUAAGUUCUCGCCCCUCCCGCCACCAAGACCCAGCCUGGAGCUGUUAGCAACUGUCGGCGGCCACAGCUGCAUCAGCAGCAUUUGCACGGGGGCUGUCUUUGCUUUCGGCGGUCUGGCUUUCUCUUGUGCCAAGCCUACCUAUAAAGUCUUUUGCCUCAUAUCUGUGUAGGAUGAAUGCAUUUCCAAUGGAUAAGAUGGUCUCUCAUUAGAUGCUACUCCUGUCGCAAGCCCAAGGAAGUUGCAGUCAAAAUGCCCAAGUACAAACUGAUCCUGCUGAGGCACGGCGAAGGGGCCUGGAACAAAGAGAACCGCUUCUGCAGCUGGGUGGACCAGAAGCUGAGCAGCGACGGGAUAAAAGAGGCUCAGAACUGCGGCAGGCAACUCAAAGCUCUUGGCAUUGAGUUCGACCUUGUGUUUACAUCCAUCCUCAGCCGCUCUAUUCAGACUGCCUGGCUUGUGCUGGAGCAGAUGGGGCAGGAGUGGGUCACCACCGAGUCUUCCUGGAGGCUGAAUGAGCGGCACUACGGUGCCCUGAUAGGCCUCAACAGGGCAGAGAUGGCGUUGAACCACGGUGAAGAGCAGGUGAAAAGGUGGAGGAGGAGCUAUGACGUCACCCCGCCUCCCAUCACCGAGUCCCACCUUUACUACCACGAAAUCUACAACGAUCGCAGGUAUAAGCACUGCGACGUACCGUUGGAGAAACUCCCGAGGGCAGAAAGCUUGAAAGAAGUGCUUGAUAGACUCCUUCCCUAUUGGAAUGAGAGGAUAGCUCCGGAGGUGAAGAGGGGCAAGACGGUUCUAAUUUCUGCUCACGGGAACAGCACACGUGCUUUGCUGAAACAUUUGGAAGGCAUCUCUGAUGAGGACAUAGUCAAUGUGACUCUGCCCACGGGCGUCCCAGUUCUCCUGGAGCUUGAUGAGGAUCUCCGCUCGCUUGGCCCGCACCAGUUCAUUGGCGACCAAGAGGCAAUAAAGGCUGCCAUCAAGAAAGUGGAAGAUCAAGGCAGAGCCAAGCCCACUCUUGAGAAAUGAAAGACUGCUUAUGCAAAAUGCUCUCCCUUUUACCUCUUGCCGUGUGCAGGAAAAGGAUAGCGCUUUGGGCUUGCCCUGUGAGGACUUGCUUAAGUUCCCAGUAAGUGGUAGAUUUUUAGCAUUUUAGCACACCAUUUUUGGUUAUUCCUUAUUUCCUUCUAGCAGCUGUGUUGGAUCCUGGUACAAGUAACAGUGAAUUUUGUUUGAACAACAGAAAGCUGUUGUUAUAAACUUUCCAUAUCCUUUGUAUAGGUCUUACACUACCUGAGAAGGCCAGAGCAAGAACCGGUAUUCUGAAGAUUUGUGUGUGUGUGUGUGUGUGUGUGUGUGAUCAUUGUGAUCAAUGGAGAAAACGCUUUCUGAUUUUAACCUAGGCCUCAAGUGAUAUUUACAAGUUCUCAGGUUCACAGAUGCUAAACAGUCACAUUAUUAUUUAAUUUAGAAUACCCACCCACCCCCGAAUUUUUCUCCCCACUGUUUGCAAUUCGACAACUUCUGGUAUAGCAUUGAUCUCUGUUAAACUGAUUGGUGUGAUUUUUGUUGCAUGGCUGACAGUGUUGUUUUGAAUAAAGCCCUUAUAUUUUUUACAGGAAAUCAAAAUGCUCACAUUGGCUGAAUUUCCCCAAGUUUUACUUCCCAUGUUGGAGAGGACCAUUAAAAAACAACAACACGAAUCCCAGUUAGACUUGACCCAUACGCAGUAAUGAAGGGUGAAUGUUGAUGGUACCACUUCAAAAUCAUCAUCAUUAUUUUUUUAAGAUUAAUGCUCUAAAUUUUGCUUUGGAUGUCAGGAUAUAUUCUCUAGGGAGAAUAGGCGGUUUCCAACAAAGCAAUGCACAAGGUCAAAUCUGCUCCCGAGGGUUAAGGAAACUUGGAUAAUAUUUUUGGGGGGUGAGGGCAUGCAAGCAGGAAGAGGAGAUAGAGGGAAAAUUCCAUUGCACAGUCAGAAGUUCUUUCAUUCCUGGGCUAGCAUCUCCUAUACAUUGUACCCUGUAGAAAUGCUAUAGGAACAGUUGUGGGGUUGAAAGCGUAUUAGUACAAAAAACCUGAAGACUUACCAGCUUUGUGAAGACUGAACUACUGGAACAUAUAAAUGUAAACACUGAUGCUAUCCAGUAGUGUGUUCUUGGGACAGCCAGGCUGUGUUGAGUAUUCAGUUUUUAAAUAGUUCUGUGUAACUUUUCCAGGUUCAAACAGAACACAGAAUACACUAAUCUGUUUUAAGUACAUCUAUGUAAAACAAUCACAGUCAAUUAACAAAUAGAAGGAAGCUCAGAAAGGGGAAGGAUCUACAAUCCCAUUGAUCAGUGCGACUGGUUGUUUAAUUCCAGUAUUUUCCUCUCUUCUGGGGUCAUGACCUUCCAACAGGAAGGAGUGAUAAAAUAGCCACUGGUGCCCCCGUGUCCUACAACUUCCUCUUCAGACUCUAAUAGACCCUUGCACUACACGAGACCCUCUGCCAGCAUUUCUAAGCACAAAUGCAUUUAUUUAUAUAUUUUAGAAACUUUGAAGGCAUUGCAAAGUUGUAUCCUUGACAGGGUAGGGUUUCAGGGGAGAACUGUGGGGGAGAGAUCUAAAAUAAUGUGCACUACUUGUUUGCUUAUCCAAACUAAACUGCUUUUUUUGCACCUGUACAAGUGACAAAUAUAAUUCAGUUUGCACAUACAAAA